AUGAGCCCAACUGCCUCAAAUGCACCAUCCGUGUCUCCUCCCGACAAGGCCGAAAAGCAGAAAAAAGCCAGCCCGCUCGCAGAUCUUGUUGAAACUGAGAAGACCUAUGUCGACUGCCUCACCGCCGUCAUCCGCAAUGUAGCCGGCGCUUGGUCUCGCUCCAAUCUCCCCCCACCUGAGCUCGACACCAUGUUUCGAUCUAUUGAAGCGAUCUACAAGGCCAACCGAGGCCUUGCCGCUAAACUCAAGGACAUAGGCUCAAGUCCCUCAUCCCCCAAGGCAAUUGGCGACUUGCUCAUGAAAUGGAUUGAUGAUCUUGACAAACCGUACUCCAACUACUGCGCCAAGUAUUGUAGUGGGUUUGACGACUGGGAGCCUGUGCGAUCAAACCCGCGUUUGCCGGGUGUCCUUGAAGCGUUCACAGAGUCGAGCCCUCCUUCGUCCAACGUGGCACAGGCCUUAGGCAUGCCCGAAUCAGCCUGCUGGACGCUGGACUACAUCUUCCUACUUCCAAAAGCGCGUAUACAGUACUACCGGAAGCUUUAUAAUCGUCUACUCAAGAGCACAACUCCCGGUAAAAGUGAUCAUCGACUCCUCACUAGUGCUGUGGAGAAGUUGAACGUCUUUUUGGCUACACUGGAGUCAAGAGCGACCAUACGAGUAAGCUUCGCCCAAGAGAGCGUGGCGGUAAUAGAAACACCUCCCGAUAAUAGACAGCCCACACCAACUCAUACUGGAGAUGCGGAGAACCUCCUGUCCCCAAGUUCUGCACCGCCUUCGGCUACGAGUUCUGCGCGCGGAAGUACCUCGACUAAUGGCGAAAGGUCGUCAAGAGAAACCGCGUUGACUUCAGUUAGUCGGGAGUCCACUCAGACAUUGUCUUCUCCCGUGACAGAUCUUGAAAGACGUUUGUCUACAGAGAAGACGUUGGAUAUAUUCUCUAUGGAACCCAAACAAGUUAAGCUGCAAAUGGCGCCACCGUCACUUCCCUAUGCUCGCGAAGUGCGGUGCACGGCCAACGUUGUCGUUCGCUUCACGCCGACAGCGACUGGUGUUGAGGUGGUCCAUAACCACGGUCACAUCUACAUUCUAUCGGACUUGUUUCUUUUAUGCGAGAAGAUGACAGAGAAAGAGUGCUCAGAACGAGAGGCCGAUAUGUGGCUCCGGUACCCUCCACUUUCAGGGAAAGUUCUUCGUGUUAAUGAAGCACUAGGGAAUGACCAUGCCUUCCAGGUGCACGUCAUGCGCAAGGAGGUUCUACUUAUUGAAACCGAGUCUGUCGGCAAGCGUAACUCCAUCCUUGCGGAAUUCAGAGAAUGUAUAUCAUUUGCGAGGACGAUGUCGGCAGCAGCUUCAGAGCCUGUUCCUCCUUUGCCGUCCUUGAAAGAUCUCCCUCCAGGACCUGGUUCAGCUGCACUGGCCUCGACGAAUCCGUUGUCAUCUAGUUUGCCACAGGAGCACCAACAGUCCCAGGAUAACAGAGAGCCCAUACGCCAGGCCGUUGCACAACCUCUUAACUACUCACGCCCAAGGCCCACUCAAGCGCAACACGAGGCACAACCAGAGUUUUCACCUUCUCCGGAAAGAAACUCCCGUUCAAGUGGACAUUUGACAUCGUCACAGCCACCCUCUCCAGAAAUGCAUGGCAUUAACGGACAAAGGACCCCAUCGUUAACAUCCCCUCUUCCGGGGCCCAUGUAUCCCCCUCGCAAAUCGUCGAAUGCGCCUUCGUCUCCACCCUCUUCGUUCCAACAGGGACAAAUAGUUCACCCUCCUGCGCGGAACGUGAGCAUGCGGUCUCAGGGCCUGGUGUCACCAACUCUUGACGGCGGUUCACCGGGCAUGGCAUAUGGUCCAAAUCGAGUGCGGUCGCCCCCAUCAGAGUUGUCACGUCAACCCAUGCCCCCUAUGCAUUACCAGGUCGCUCAACAACAUCAACCCCACUAUCCCCAGCAUCAACCCUCUAUUCAUGCUCAACAAGGCCCUGGACUUCAUCACCAAGGCUCUGUCAGAGGACCUAUUCCUAUGAGUCCCAUGGGCCCACCUCGUGGACCAUCAAUGCAGCCAAUACAUCAGCCACAUCCGGGAUACCCGCCAAUGCAUCCACAAGGGUUCCCUCUUCGAGGCCCGCCACACGGCCCUUCACAAGGUCCCCAAUACGGUCCACCGCAUGGUAUACCUCCUCCUCGGCCACCUUCAGAACCAGGUGUACCUCCCGGGCCUCCGGGUGCGGCGAUACACAAAUCUCUCUCUUCACGUUCGCUUGCGUCGCAAUACGAGCGUGGCCCCAAUGCGCCGCUCCCUCCGGUUCCAUCACUUCCCAACGUCAGCUCUCAGUAUAUCCUUCCGUCGCAAAUGGGUUCGCGACCAUCGUCAUCAGAUGAGCCAUCCAUUCAGGACCCGAGCCCUCCUACCUCGCCGGCUCAAGAGACAAAACCUCUUGGCCCAGUUAAGUCGGUGAUAUCGGCUACCAUGAAGUGCAAGAUUUUCCAUCAGCAACAGCAUGCUCAGUGGAGGGCGCUUGGCUCUGCGAAACUGACGCUGUACCGACAAGAGCCCACGAACAUAAAGCAGCUCGUCGUGGAGGCGGACAGCAAGGACAAGCAGAUUCUUAUUUCUACAAUUGUGCUCACCGGUGGCGUUGAACGCGUAGGCAAGACGGGUGUCGCGAUUGAGCUUAGCGAUCAGAAGGGCAUGCGGACUGGAAUCAUCUACAUGAUCCAACUUAGGAAUGAGAAGUCUGCCGGAGGACUGUACGAAAGUUUGCUUGUGGGGUCGGAUAGGGCCGUGAGCUAGACUACCGGACCAUAACUCAGGAUAUUCAUCAUCACCUGGGUACUGCAGACGAUUGUUGGAGUUCGUGAACGACGGUGUUUCUUUACGUCGCAACAACGCGGCACGUUUGUGAUAUACCAUGUAUACCCCGC